GUUUGUUACUAGUGGAUGAUGCCAUUUUGAUGUCCAUAGUGUUGCUUAUGGUGGUAUCCGAGUUUGAACGGUAUUUUCUCUCUUUGUGCAUGUUUAUAUGUGCAUAAAAAAACAUUUACAUUCUAUUUUGACGCGAACUAUUAACAAAGGAAAACAUGUUCUGAAUACAAGUGAAUAAUGAGAGUGUAAGCAGUUUGUCUAAUAAUAAUAAUAAUUUCAUAAAGCAAAUGGCUCGAGUGUUAGUUUACGCACGCCCUGUUGAUGCGAUCUUCAUGGAUAUAAAAUUGGGCAGCAAAACAGAUCCUUCUGAAUAUGCAAUAAGAAUAAAGGAAGAGCCAAUCGAUCCAGAGAUCUGCGAUGAUUUAUCGCCAGUUGAUACGAAUACAGAGAAUGAAAAUGAGACAGCGAUGUGUGAAGGUGAAUCUUCGGAUGGUGUUUAUUGUAGAAAUCGAGAAUCCGCGUUUCCUCGAGAGAGUACAUACUUAGAAAAUAACAAAUCGGAUUCUGAUAAACGAAAAAGUAAACAUAAAGUACCUUCAAACAACAGAAUAAGUUGCAAUGUUUGUUUGUUAACUUUUCAAACUAAACAUUUAUUGGAACUGCAUAAUAAAUUAUAUAGCUGUAAUGUAUUCAAGUGUAAUAAUUGCACUGCGAUCUUCAGUAUGCAUAUUGCGUUGAUACGUCAUUUAAAGUCGCGAUGUCGUAUGAAACAAUGGUCUGGAUAUAGAUGUAAUUUUUGUAACCGAAGUUUUUCCUAUAGAAGAUAUAUCCAAUCUCAUUUAUUCCAUAUGCAUGGGAACGCAAUAUUGUCUGGUGAAAGCAAAAUUACGAAAACAUCUCCCGAAUCGUUAGGAAAGUCGAAUCAUUCGGAUGAUAUAGUCAUGACAGAAUCAAAUACUUCACACAGUUCCUCCCCAAAAAGCGUAAAUAGCUCGAUAAAUAUAUCUUUGAAACUAUCUAAUAGUUCAAACAAUACACCCACCAAGGGUUCGGGCAGCAAGAUCAAGUCUACGCAUUCGAAAUGGUUAAACGAUUCGUAUGGUACACCUUCGAAAAGGAUGAAACAGACCGUCCUUACAGACUUUAUAUCGCUGUGCAAAGAUAAACCGAAUGAAAAAUGGGUUAGCCCGAAAGAAGUUAUCGAUACGGAGAAUAUUCCUGUUACUGCGACUAUUAUUCCAACUUCAACGCUCGAGACAUUUAGCAACAAGACAUCAACGGCUUCAGAAGUUAUCCAGAUGUCUACUUCUGUUAAGCGAAUCGAAUCUCCUGUUAGGAAAAGACCAUUUGUUCAGAUUCAUGUGAAUUCCAAAACAAUGAUAUCUUUAUUAAGGAACGAAAUAGGAGCUGAAUCUGAAGGCUCUAAUACCUCGCACAAUAUAUCUUACAACCUUAGGCCAGUAAAAAGAUGUUCUUCUUCUUUAUAUAAUUUUUACGAUUUAUUCGAGUUUGAGGCCUUUGGAAGAUCAAGACAAUCUUUUAAAAGAAACAAGUCCCGCUAUCCGUUUAACCAAAGUGAAAGAUCUGCAUCUGAAGCUAAGUGUAAAGAAUGUGUGGUCCGUUUGGAGAAAUGCGACAAAUUCUUGGAGCCUACUAGUUUUGUGUCGAAUGGAGACAAAGAUGAAAAGGAGAAGGAAAACGAAAACGAAGACGGUUUCAAACAAGCAGUGUCGAAAAAUGUGAAAGAGAAAUUUGAAGGUUUUCGUGAGACAAGCUCGGCAGGUAAUUUGCCUUUGGAAACUGGCACGAUUGCGUCAAAGCGAUUCAAUGAAUUUGUAAAAUCUUUUGUUCAUGGAUUAAUCGUCCCUCGACAAGAAUCGGUUGAGUUUAAGAAGAACUCUAAGGUCGAUCAGCAGAAAAUAUUUCAAUGUCAUAUUUGUAAAAAAUCGUUUUCUUUGAAAGAGAACUUGCGCGAGCACGUGAAAUUGUCCCAUGCGAUUUACAUGUCGAGCAUAUGCAACGCACGUUACACGUCCAUGAAUAAGUUACUAACUCACUAUCUACGUCAGCAUAUUGUGUUUAAACGAAGGGAAUGUUGCGUGUGUUAUGAGAAGUUUGACACGUCGGCAUUGUUGAAGCGGCACAUGAUAUUGCAUUGUUUGAAGACCAUAAGAUCAAAGAAGGACGUUCUACCGGUUGAUGUUGAAAUAAAUUGCAACGCAUUCAAGAAACAACACAAAUGCCAAGGUUGUCGCAAACGAUUUUGGCUAUACUCGUGUUUGAAACAGCAUGAGAAUGUAUGUCGUCGAAUGAAAGUCUCGAUACAUAAACAACGUGUACCUCGUGUAAACCAUCUGUCUCGGUCGUUGAAAGAACCAAGUGACAUGGAACUCGGCAUAGUACAAUCGCCUGAUUUGGAACAAACGUUGGAUGUUCCGGAUGGGAUGACAAGACCUUUGGAAAAUUAUUUGGCUCCGAGUACGCUUAUUACGGAUGAUACUAACUCUUCGUCAUUCGAUACAGCUGCAAAGAACAAAAGGCUACUUAAUGGGAUAGCAUGCGUGAAGGGUUACCAAGCGGACAAGAUGAACGGAACAAAGUUUCCUUGCACUACUUGUGGGACACAAUUCCGAACAUUUCAAAAUUUGUGCAUACACGAGCGCACCUAUUGCCAAACAGCCACCAAAAAGUGUAACGUUUGUAACACGAUGUUUUCCACUAAAAGAUUAUUACAGCUUCACAUGCUUGCUACCCAUACACCUUCGUGCUCGAUGAACUACAAAUUCUUUUGUAAGUUCUGUAAUCAAGGAUUUGUUAAGAAAUCGAAAGUUCACAUUCACGAACGACACUUCCAUAUUGGAGAGAAUCCUAGACUGGGGCUGAAUUCCGAUUGCGUUUUGAAAGAUAAACAAAUCUGUAAUAUAUGCCAUUUGUUAUUCGAAUCCCACGAACAUUUUGUCGAGCAUAACACGUAUUAUUACAAGGACAAAGAUUUUUUAUGCGCAGUAUGUGGUAAGUCGUUUCAAGGAAUGUACAAGUUUCAUCAUCACAACAAGUUGGAGCAUUAUCCGGACAAACUAUGGAAAUCGUACCCUUACAAAUGCGAUACUUGUAACGAAGGCUUUAGCUACGAAUCACAUCUCCACGCACAUAAGCUACACGUUCAUUCGCACGAUUCGCCCGCUGACGAAGCGCGCGACCACGAUACAUCGGAUCAGAUACAUCGCAUAUGUUCAUGAUUCUUUCGAUAAAUUAAGAUAAUCAUAAAAUAGGUCGUUUCAAAAUCAAUUUUCACGGUACUAUACAGAAGAUUCGGCCUAGAUUGAGACGUACGACAACAUGCCAAGUGUACACACACACGCGCGCGCGCGCGCGCGCGCACACACACACACACACACACACACACACACACACACGAAGCAAAUGAUUUCUAAAGCGUUUUUUAAGUCAUGUAUUCGAAUUUUCCAUGAUACGUAUGAAAUGUAUUGAUAUUUGUUGAAAUAUACUUUACAAGUCAAAUCAACGCUUCUGACCUAGUACAAACUGAGCUCGACUCAAACAUCGAACACUGAAUGAAGUUUGGGUGUCAGCCUUAGGCGCUUCCUGUUCAUUGUUUGCGAUGGUCUCAGUUUGUUGAACCAGAAGAUGUCAAGCAUCCUAGGCUAGACGACCAGCCAGAAAACGAGUGAACUAUUCCAUACUGCCUCUAACUUUAUUUAAUAUACAUCGUUUUGUUCACUUGAGAGAUAAAGAUCGUUUACUAAGUGCCGCUUAAAACAGCUUAAUGAAAAUUAUGAUAGAUCGAGUAAUAAAUUUGUCUGCUUUUCUUUGAACGCGUUAUAUUUAUGUGCUUUUAUAUACGUAUAUGUUUCUGUGUGCGUGUGUGUAUUUUAUCAAGUACGUCGUGUUCAUUACCCUAUUUCAUUAUUGUAAAAUUUGUUGUUAAAGGUAGUUUUUCGUUCGGUGUGCGCGUUUGCUGAUCUUCGUAUUUUAUAAAUUGUUUUGGGUCAGCGUAAACGUUUGAAAAAGUUAGAAAAUAAAUGAAGCUAGGGUAAGUAAAUGAUGCAAUUUCUUUUCUUAAUUGGUCUGAUAUUGGUCAUUUCUCUUCUAUUGCAAUGUUUAUUCGUUAUAAUUAUUCGUUUAAACGGCCGCUCGAUAUAAUAUAUAUAUAACAUUCGUUAAAAAACGAACAAACCUAUUAAUGAAUCUGAUAUUGAGAUUAAAAAAAAAUUCAUUUCGUUUAUCACACGUGGAAUGAUUAUAUGAUAAGUUUCAUAUUUGACAGAUGACUAAUUUAAAUAUGGAUCGUAAUUAUAAUUUUCAUUAUGAGAUGAUUUAUUUACUUACCCAGCUAUCGAUUAAUGACGUCGAAUGAUAAUUGUACGGGAACGAUAAUGCUUUGCAAUGUGCAAUUAAACUAUUACGUUAAAUAUUCAGUAAAUUAAUAUUUCAAUUUCCAUCACAGCGCUGGUCGCACAAUUCGAUAAUCGGGAGGAAUAUGAGAUCAAGAACGAUAUUUAUCGUUAUGAAAGCGCGAAUUAAAAUUGUCGUAUUAGAAUUUCUAUAAAGAAAUAAGAAUUGAUGUUUAUAUCAAAGAAUAGUUACAGCGCGUAAUCGAAUAAAUUGGUCGUUUCACAGCGGGAAAAUAAACUAUUUCCACGAGCUUUCGCCGGUUCUGUCGUACAAUGAAACGAACCGUUGAACAAUUAUAAAAACUAACGUUUGUAUUUUCUAAAAAUUAGAAAGCUGGUAAACUUAAUAGAUUGCUCGGGAAAUUUGUAGAUUUUAUUAGUACGAUACUGUACUGUUUUUACAAAUGUAGGUAUUCUUUAAUAAAUUACAUUUUCCAGAAAAUAA